AUGGGAAGGGAGUCGCACCCAGUCAAUGUGGCAAUUGGAACACUGGUUUUGAUCAUAGCCUGGUUAGGUAUGGCACUUGAAUAUCUAUGUAAGGGAUGGUUAAGCGAGGAGGCUUUGAAGAGCUUUGAAACUUUUGUCGAUGGUUUAUUAAUGGAUUCGCCUCGCCAAAGUGAACCCAACGCUGAAGCCGAGAACCAAGCCAGCACGUCUUCCGUCCCAACUGCCGAACUCUUAGGGUUUACACUCGAUAAUCGUCCCAUCAUCGCGGUCCACAGAUUAUCUGGCGCACCUCAUCCCAUGGCUCGUCACUUGAGUACUACUGAUGACGGUCGUUCAAUAUACGUAUACGAGGCCAUACCGACUGAUCCCAUUGAUGCCGAUAUCAACAACAACUCUGUGAGACCCAGUUUGUCUAUGGCUACUGGGAAGAUGGAACAAUCAGGCAGAACAUCUCGUACCGCAACUUUUGACCAAGUCCACGUCGAGAAGCUCCACCAGCGUUGGCUGAAGUAGAUAGGGGUCCGACGAACGUGUUUGAAGAUGAUGUGCAGGAAGAAUAAUAUGGAAAUAGGGCUCUCAAUAGUCGCGAUUGCAGUCCGAUAGUAGCGGGCCGAUAAUCUCCUUCGAAACCAGCCAACCAAUCCAGAUGUCACCUCUUCUGCCCCAUAUCCGAUGUACAAAUCAUAGUUCACUCUCACCAUUCACUCUCACCAUGUCACUCUCAUC